UAGACCACGUCGAAUUUCCUGAAAAAUCCAAAGCGAUGAUUAGUUUUGAACACGUUCUUUGUAAGAGAACCCCCGCGCUUGUAAGCUGCCCGGAGGAAUAUCAAGCUUGUAAAACCCUAAGAUCCGGCAGAUGUCUCUGCCCUUUUCAUCUUUUCCGACACCCUUUUCCCAACUCUCCACCAGGAGACCCGUUUCGCAUUGCCCCGGUGGCCGGAAAAUCUCAGCCCCCUGCAGGUUUCCAGUAGCAGCAAACUGCUUAUCUUCUGGUGCAUACAGCCAUAUUGUUCCCUAUGGAGCUUCUGCAAAUUUUUGUCAUGGCUUUUGUGGCUUAAAGCUUUGGAUACUUGAGAACCUUAAGCAUAAGAUGCCCAAAAGAAAAUGUGGACAAGUGAACAAGCUCAAGAGUCUGCAAUCUGAAGAUAAAGAUCGGUUGACACAGCAUUUGGAAACAAGUGUGUCAAAUGAAGGUGGAGCUCCUGAAAGAAGUUCUGUGUCUAAUUUCCAUCCUACUGAUUCCACAAGAAUGGCUGCUACCAUGAAAUCUACUGCAGCUUUGCAGCAAACCCUUGCCUCCAGUUUUUCCAUUCAGGGAGGUAAACCCCCAUUGCUUUGCAUUGCUGUCAUUGGGGCUACUGGUGAGCUGGCAAGAAUGAAGAUCUUUCCAGCAUUAUUUGCUCUAUAUUAUAGUGGCUUUCUUCCUGAGAAUGUUGGUAUAUUUGGUUAUUCAAGAAAGAAUUUAACAGAUGAAGAUUUGAGAUCCAUAAUAGCGUCAACGUUGACCUGCCGAGUUGAGCAUGAACAGAACUGUGAUGAUAAAAUGGAUGCUUUUCUUAGUAGAACUUUCUACCUCAAUGGGGAAUUUGACAACAGAGAAGGGAUGUCAAAGCUCAAUGCCCUGAUGGAACAUAUUGAGGGGGGAUCCAAAGCAAACAGGAUAUUUUACCUUUCUGUGCCACAAGAAGCGCUUCUAGAUGUUGCAUCCUGUCUUGCUGAUAAUGCUCAAACCCAGAGGGGCUGGAACCGUAUAAUUAUUGAGAAACCAUUUGGUUUUGAUUUAGUGUCUUCUCGCCAGUUGACUCAAUCUCUUCUUUCAAAGUUUGAGGAGAAGCAAAUAUACAGGAUUGAUCAUCUUCUAGGGAGGAACCUUAUUGAAAACCUCACUGUUCUGAGGUUCUCUAAUCUAGUUUUUGAACCCCUGUGGAGCCGAACAUACGUAAGGAAUGUGCAGAUCAUUUUGUCUGAGGAGUUGGGUAUGCGGACGAAGGGAAGGUAUUUUGAUGGCUAUGGGAUCACCCGUGACAUUGUACACAGUCAUAUACUCCAGACAAUCGCAUUGCUUGCCAUGGAACCACCUAUAAGUCUUGAUGGGGAAGAUAUACGAAAUGAAAAGGUCAAGGUUCUAAGAUCAAUCAGGAAAGUGGAACUAAGUGAUGUUGUCCUUGGCCAGUACAAAAGUAUGGCUGAAGACAAGGUUGAUGUCAAUUUGAGCAAUCUGACCCCUACUUUUUGUGCUGCUGCUUUGUAUAUUGACAAUGCUCGAUGGGAUGGUGUGCCUUUUCUUAUUAGAGCUGGCAUGGGACUCAUCAAACACCGGGUGGAGAUUCGUAUACAAUUUCAUCAUGUUCCUGGAAACCUAUACCGCGAAAGUAUUAGUCAUGAUGUCAACCUUGCCACCAACGAGCUAAUUCUGCGUGAAAUGCCUGAAGAAGCAAUCCUAGUCAGAGUCAACAAUAAGAUCCCCGGACUGGGACUGCAGUUGGAUGCUUCAGAAUUGAAUUUGCUCUAUAAGGACAAGUACAAUGUGGAGGUUCCCGAUUCAUACGAGCAUCUUCUUCUUGAUGUCAUCGAUGGAGACAGCCAUCUUUUUAUGAGGAGCGACGAGGUUGCAGCAGCAUGGAACAUCCUAACCCCAGUUCUGAAGGAGAUAGACAAGAAGAACAUAGCACCAGAGCUGUAUGAGUUGGGGGGUAGAGGUCCUGUUGGAGCCUAUUAUCUCUGGGCAAAGCAUGGGGUUCCCUGGGCAGAGGACUGACUACUCCCUGUGCCUUGAGUUUUGCUGUUUGAUACCUUUACCUUUGGUGUUUGGUAAAGGAACAGGUAAUUCUCCCAUGGGGACUGAAAUGUAUGAGAGUUACCUGCAGCUGCCACCAUACAAAAAAAUGUCAAUUUUAGUGUAGUUGCCUUCAUCUGAAAACAAAAAGAAAAAAUGAAAUGUAUUUUGGUGUCAAA